AUGCAUACAAAACACCUCAAGACAAUGGCGAUGCAGUAUAAAGCUGCGUUGGAAGAAUUGCAAAACGCGGCCUAUGAUGUGUCCAGACGAAGAACGAGGACAGAAGAGCUCGUUCGCCUCGAAGACUCAGUCGGCCGGAUAACAGCCAAAGAUAUUUUGAGCCCCGAGUCAACGCCACCCUUCGACAUAGCCGCUUCCGACGGAUUCGCCAUGACAUCCUCCGUAACCAUCAACGCCUCGCCCUCGAAUCCGAUAUACUUUCGCGUGAUGGGAACGAUCAUGCAAGGCAACAAACCACUACUCAUACCAUCUUGUAGAGGCCCUGAUGGCAUCCACCAGUGCAUGGAGAUCAUGGUUGGCGCCCGAUUCCCCGACACCACGGAAGACAUGACAUACAUGGAUGCAUGCGCUUGGGUAAACGACGUCCGCGAAGUGCCAUUAUCAGAGGUACCAAACGCAGAUCCUCAGUUGGGCAGCAGGUUCAUCAUGCUUACCAAGCCGGUGACUACCAAUGCCAACCGCCGGAGAGCCGGAGCAAAUAUCGGAAAGGGGGACAGACUGAUAAGACCGGGGACAAGGAUUCGGUCCAGCCAUGUGUUGCCUUUGGCGACGGUCGGGAUCAAGGAGGUCGCUGUCGAGCCGCUGCUGCGGGUUGGAGUGUGGUCAACAGGCAGGGAGAUUGUACGGACCGAUGUCAACUGGGCCGAUGGAACGAUUGCAACGAAGAAGACCGAUGCUCGGUAUAUAUAUGAUGCCGAUGGACCUUACCUGAUGGCAGCCCUGAAGGAAUGGAGCACAGAGCCAACCUUCCUUGGUUUGCUGGCCGACGAUGAACCAGCGACGCUAGAAAGGGCACUCCGUGAGGCGAUGGCCACGGACAAGUUCGACAUCCUGAUUACAACGGGAGCAGCCACCCCGGGACGAUCGGGGUUUGUCCGGUCGGUGAUCGAGAAUCUAGGAGGCGAAUUCCAUUUCCACGGUGGACUUGUAUCAUUUUUUGGGCUUCCCGGUGACCCUUGUGCGACGGCAGCUUGUUUCCGUUUCCUGGUCGUGCCAUACCUCCAGUUCGUCCGAGGAGAGAGGCCUGACAAGCCGUUUCUGGCCACGUUGGAACUGCGGGUGUCGACAAGACAGGAUUCGGAACCGAACAUGGACGCAGGAGCACCAGUCGAGGCAUCUGUGGGCAACGAUUGUGGGCCGCUCUGUCUGGACUGUUUUCGUCACGGACGGGUGACAGCGAGCGAAGGGGGACGACACAAGGUGGUUCGCAUAAGCAAGGACCAAAGUCCGGGCAAGACGUAUCCGUUUAUCGAUGCCAAUUGCUGGAUUCAUCUACCGCAUGGCCAGGAGAUUGUGGCGGGGGCAAUGGUGCCAUGUUUAUCGCUAUCGGCGUGUCGGGAGGAGGACUGGCAAUAG